GGAACUGCGGUGUGUGUGUGUGUGUGUGUGUGUGUGUGUGUGCGCAUGUGUGUGGGGGGGUGCGCGCGCGCGCGUGUGUGUGCGUGCUUGUGUGUGUAUGCGUGCGUGUGAGUGCGCGCGAGUGUGUGGACAAGGAGGUGGGGGCAGCCGAGUUAGAGUCCCAACUCCUUGGACUCCAUUUGCUAUUCUCUUCUUUCUCCCCCACACCUAUCUGGAGGUGGUGGGCGUUUAUAUUUGCUUUUCUUUUCAUUCAUUUCCAGAUCUUUUAAAAUUUAAGGGUUGGGGUAGUGCGAAAGGCAGGAAAAGGUAAGGGAAGGGAGUAGUAGCAGAAGAGCAGGAGGAGGACAUGGAGAUGAAGAAGAGGAUUAACCUGGAGUUAAGGAACAGAGCCCCGGAGGAGACAGACUUGUAAGAUGGAUUGUAUUCUAGAAUCCAAAUUAGCAAACGGAGUCCCAGAGCAGUGAAGUUCUUUACUCAAGUGGAAGAACUGGUUUUCUGACACCAAAUCUGCUGGCCCUCUCUCCUCCAUUCACCUGGACUAGGAAUCAGAAAAUUUAGAGUGGAAGCACAGCUCUGUCAUACUAAGUGACAGAGUUAGUCCUUGAUAAUUGCCUUUGUGUCAAUGGGGAAAUUGAAGGUCUGAAUGAUACUUUUAAAAAACUAGAGUUUCUGAGUAUGGCUAAUGUGGAACUAAGUUCACUGGCCCGGUUGCCCAGCUUAAAUAAACUUCGAAAGUUGGAACUUAGUGACAAUAUAAUUUCUGGAGGUUUGGAAGUCCUGGCAGAGAAAUGUCCUAAUCUUACCUACCUCAAUCUGAGUGGAAACAAAAUCAAAGAUCUCAGUACAGUAGAAGCUUUGCAAAAUCUUAAAAAUUUGAAAAGUCUCGACUUGUUUAACUGUGAGAUCACAAAUCUGGAAGAUUACAGAGAAAGUAUUUUUGAGCUGCUGCAGCAAAUCACCUACUUAGAUGGAUUUGAUCAGGAGGAUAAUGAAGCUCCAGACUCAGAAGAGGAGGAUGAAGAUGGAGAUGAAGAUGAUGAAGAGGAAGAGGAAGAUGAAGCUGGUCCACCUGAAGAAUAUGAAGAAGAGGAGGAGGCGGAGGCAGAGGAAGAGGAAGAGGAUGAAGAUGAAGCAGGCUCAGAGCUGGGAGAGGGAGAAGAGGAAGUGGGCCUCUCAUACUUAAUGAAAGAAGAAAUCCAGGAUGAAGAAGAUGAUGAUGACUAUGUUGAAGAAGGAGAAGAAGAAGAAGAAGAAGAGGAAGAAGAAGGUCUUCGAGGGGAAAAAAGGAAACGAGAUGCUGAAGAUGAUGGAGAUGAAGAAGAUGACUAGAUCAUUCUAAGACCAGUUUCCCUAUUGUUCCUGGGUGUGCAAUAGAGUGAUCCCAUCUUCUUUGUUUCUUCAUGUACCAUAGCGAUCCCUACGGAAGAUAACCUGUAACUUUUUAUAGGAAAAGUGUGGUUUUACUAUUUUUGCCUUAUCAUUCCAAAUAAGAUUUACUAGUUUGUUAAUGAUCAUAUCAUAUGUAGAGAAAAAAUUUUCAUUGUCCCCAUUGUGAAAUUUAUUUAGAAUCUUCAUUUUUCUCAUUCAGGCUCACUGUAUUAGUUAUUUUUAGUCCAUAAUUAAAACAUGAUCACUUUUACACAGGCGUAGUUUGGUGCAUUUCAUUCAUAAGGUUAUAAAAUUAUUUAUAAGUUAACUGAAAUCACAGCCAGCUAGAAUAUGAAAUGAAAAUAGUCUCUUGGCUGAUAAGUUGGUUAUAUUUUUAGAGGUGGCCCAGAGAUCUUUAGUUUGAAGGCAAUGACUUGUUUUUAUUUUUUUUGGGUAUGGGUAUUUGGGUGCUUUUUUGGUCACAUGAGUAACCUAGAAAGUAGGAGCAAAAUAGCAAAGGUUCUGUUCAACAAUAUAGUUCAAGGCUUUUGUGGAGGCUUCUGAAACCUUUUAAGCCAGGUGACUAAUAAGAUUUUAUUUUUGAAGGAAAAAUGCUUGUACUAAGUUCAGAGACAUGCAGGUGAGCCCUUUGUUUUUCUCACUGAAAAUCACGACAUGCCAGUGGUUGUUAAUUUCGUUUUUUUUUUUUAAAGAUUUUAUUUAUUUGACAGAGAGAGAGAAAUCACAAGUAGGCAGAGAGGCAGGCAGAGAGAGAGGAGGAAGCAGGCUCCCUGCAGAGCAGAGAGCCCGACGUGGGGCUCAAUCCCAGGACCCUGGGAUCAUGACCUGAGCUGAAGGCAGAGGCUUUAACCCACUGAGCCACCCAGGCGCCCCUCGUUUUGUUUUUAAGUGUGCAUUCUUUUUCUUCCUCCCAGCAAUUCCUUUAUGAUCACUUUCAUUUCUUGUUUCACUCCCCUCCCUCUAUCUCCAAAACAAGUUGGGGAACUUAUGGCUCUCCGGGAAGACCUUUAUUUAGUCUUUUAUACCUCAGCAACCUUUUCAGAUGGUCUCAUUAAACAAGUUAAAUGAAAGAAAUUGAGUAUUUUCUGAGCUAUGAAUACUAUUAUCAAUACAGUUUUAUGCAACAGAUUCUGGUUAUUGUAACUCUCUUGGUUGACAAGAUGUACAGACUGUAUUAAGAGGGCGAAGAAAGAAAAGCAGAGCAAGCUUUCAUAAGUAGCAUUGCUGUUCCACAAAAGUUAGAACAAUUGCCUGUUGAUAAUUAGUGAGACAUUCAGGUCAAAUUUGGGGGGAGGUUAGCUUCCCAAAUGGUUUAGAUACUACACUUGUAAAGUAUUUCUAAUUUUUCGGAGUAGAACCUUUAAUUAUUCUUCCUACAGUUUUAAGGUAUUACCAGAUGUAACUUUUAAUUGGAAUACACUGGACAGUUGGAAAAAUAUUUGAAACUAAAUGCUAAAAUUAAGAUUUGUUUUCAAGUGGAAACCCACUAAAAGUAGAAAACUAUUUAGGCUGGGUGUGUUUCUUUUUACAGUUACUAAAUAUGAUAAUAUAAGUAGACAAGUACAUUCCCCUUUUUGUUGCAGAGGCUCCGUGUUCAAGGCAAUUGCUUUUCAAAUCUUGGCUUAAUUUUUUUCCGCUGUUUUGAAUAUCUGAGUUUUUUAAAGUUAGUAUCAGCAAAUUAAUUGAAGUUAUUCUUCUAUACUGGGACACAUUUAAAUUACGGAGUGAAGAGAUUCUUUUUUAGUUUCAGAUAUAUGACUUGGGGUUUUAAAGUAAAAAUUACAAAGUUAUUUGUGGGUAAACUAAGAAAGUUGUACAAGUGACUGAAAUAAAACUCAUGGAAUAAGUUUAGUGGGGGGACUGGUAUCUCCAAAAGGCUAUAACAUUUUACUCCUUUUUUAACACUUAAAAAGCACUGUUUUAGUCCCUAAGAAUUCUCAUUGCAUUGUAUAUGCCAGACUAUAAAAUACUUAUUUUUAGAAUGAAAUCUAUAUAAUGACUUUCUUACCAAUCAUCUUAUUGUGCAAUCAAAAUUAGAGUUCUUUGGUUUGAAAACAGCAUUUAGAGCCUCCAGAUAACUUUUUAAGACUUACUUAGCUUUGUGGGUGGUAUUUUCAUGCAAAUAAGUAAGGGUGGGUUUUAUAUUUUGUAGAAGUUUUUGGUCCUAUUUUAAUGCUCUUUGUAUGACAGUAUGUAUAUAGUGUGUUAAAUUUCCUCAAAACUCUCCUUUAAAAACUUUGAAGUUAAUACUUUUGUGCAACUGUGUUUUGAAUAAAGCCAUGACAGUGUUAAAAAAAAUGCAGCACUCCUGAUUAUUCUUUUAUUGUUUCUGACCGUUCCCUGGUUUUAUUUUUUUCUGUGACUGCUGUAACUUAAAGUUUUGAAAUUGAAUUGCUUCAAAUAAAUGGAAGAUUUGUUGUUAA